CUUCGCCCGGAGGCCGAUGUCGGAAGUUCCGGUGGGCUUGACGUCACUUCCGCCCCACUUCUGGGCGGUGCCAAGAUGGAUGCUUCGGGGGCCUGGGAGCAUCUGCGGCGGCGAUACCAGUUCCCGCCGGACGCCGAGGCACCGGUGGACGGUCAGAGCUCCGCCCGGCAGGGCUCUACAGCUGUUGAGAAAAAGGAGAAACCUCUUCCAAGACUUAAUGUCCACUCUGGAUUCUGGAUUUUGGCAUCCAUCGUUGUGACCUAUUAUGUUGAUUUCUUUAAAACUGUCAAAGAAAACUUGCACACUAGUAGCUGGUUUCUCUUUGGCGGUGCCUUGUUGCUUGUCAGCUUAUCAAUUGCAUUUUACUGCAUACUCUACCUGGAAUGGUAUCGUGGAAUUGGAGAUUAUGAUGUCAAGUAUCCAACCUUGAUACCCAUUACAACUGCUACUUUUAUUGUAGCAGGAAUUUGCUUCAACAUAGCUUUGUGGCACGUGUGGUCAUUUUUCACUCCACUGUUGCUGUUUACCCAAUUUAUGGGGGUUGUAAUGUUGAUCUCACUCCUUGGAUGAUUGUAAAGAUUUAAGGACAUGUCAAUUUAAAGUGAAUGAUUAAACAUCUGGCUAGCUGAAAGCAUCGCAGAUAUAAUGGAAAAGCUACAAUGUGUUUUUGUAUCUAUGAAGUGAAUGGUUUCCUGGGAAAAAUUGUAACUUUGUAGAUCUGUGGUUAAAAUCAGAAUAAAUUGUAUUUCAUUUGCUUAUUCUUAAACUCAAGUGAUUAUUGAAUUUUUCAGAUUCAAAAUAGAAAUAACUAAUUUGGAAUGUUAAUCUGUUUGAAUGAUUGGAGAAAGUAUUGGUGUAAAAAUUUAAACAAAGUUUCAUUAUAGGUGCAUAAUGUACACCCGCUAUUGUAGAUAAAUUGUUCACUUUUCCAUUUAAGAGAUACCAGUGCAUUGUGCAAGAUGACUGGAUGUGUGUGUAAGGGAAAGACAGUGUCGUGUGCCUUUAACCCAACUGCCGCAGUUACUAUAUGUCUCGUUUUUAUAAUAGUUUUGUUAGGUGAGAGGACCAAUUGAAAGUAUUGUAUGUGUUCCCAUCACUUCAGAUUUUAUCAUUGUGUAAAUUAUUGUGUUUUUAGCAUUUGUUUAACAUAUGAACUUUUAGUCAUUUUGAAGUAUGUAUAAUUUUUUCCUUAACAUUUAAAUAAAAUAUUUUUAUAACUUU